AAUGAGUGUGAUGCACUGGACAAAUGUUAAUAAUGAAUCUCCAUCAAAAUUCAAUAGGCAAUCUUCAGAAACACUACCACCUAUACGUAAAAGAAUCUAAAAGAGAACUGAAAAGAGUCUUAAAGAAACCACAUUUAAAUCUUUAUAUAAAUAGAACAAACUAGCUGAAAUAGUAAAUAAAGCCUAAGAAAGCAAUGAAGAGAUUUAUGAAGAGUAUGAUGAAAUAAAGAUUCAAGGAAGUAUACUAAAAAUAAAUGAUAAUGUUAUAAUAAAAAAUGGUGAUCAUAAUGUUGAAGAUUAUGUUGGAACAAUAUAGAAAAUAUGUUCUGUUUUAGAACCAUAGACAAACAAGUUGAUUUGUAUGUGUUAAGUUUAAUGGUUCAUGAAAAAGAGUGAAAUACUCAUACAUAAGCCAAGAGCUAGAUGCUGGAUUGGAACUCAAGAGAUAUUUUCAACGAAAAAAAACGAUUUUAUUCUUGCUUAAACCAUAAUUCAGAAGUGUAAAAUAGUAGAUUGUGAUGAAUUUGUCAAUCUCGAAAACAGUGAUGUGACCACAUAUUAUAACAGACUUGAAUGGGAUGUAGAAAAUAAAAAAUUUACUAAUAUGAAUGAAAUCUAAUUAUAUUGUCUAUGUCAAUAACCAUGGAAUCCUGAGCUUAACUACAUUCAAGUAAAUUUUAAAUUUUAUUUUUUAGUGUGAUAAAUGUUAGAAAUGGUACCACUUCGAAUGUGUGGACUUAAUAGAAGGAUGUUAUGAAGAUAAAUAGUAUAUUUGUGGAUAUUGUAAUUGA